AUGGCCGAGCAAAAUGUAGAGUCCCGGAUGGCUGAAUUGAUAUCAAGCAUGGCACAAGGGCGCGGGGAUAUCGUCAUCCAGGGCAAGGUGAGACCGUCUAAUUCACUGAUGUUUGUUUGCAUUGAAGCCCUGAUGAAACUGUCAGCUUAUGCUUAUCUUGACGAGCAGAAGGAUCACCACAGAACGCUACCUCGUAUCCAAGUAGCUACCAUCGCCCUCUUAUACUACUUGUCGACUCAAGAGAGAGAGAGAGAGAGAGACGAAGUUGAAGUUGAAGUUGAAGAAAAAGAAGAAAAAGUUGAAGUCGAGAUGUUGAUUUCCUCUUUGGGCAAGGGCAGGAAAGAUGACUAA